CCUCGCGGCUCGCGCUUCUAGAAAUUAUCGAUUUCCGCAAGCUCAGCGUUCCUUGGUGGGAAAUGACGCCAUGAACGACUAUCCAUUGGGCGGCAUCGACUUUGAUCUUAUUCCUCCAUUGGUCGGCGAGCCGGUAUAAACGGUGCUUACUCGCAACUCCUUUCAGUUGUGUUGUUAUCCACUCACUGUACACUUGGAAAAUAGUAUGUAUAAAGAAGUUCACCAUCAGGAAAUCAAACACGAGUGCUCGCGGUCGGGAGGGCUCCACGCGUAUCCCGAUCACUUCAGGGAACCGUGCCUUUAAGACCACCAGUUGGAUUCAUGAACACCUAAAGGUUCCUGUCCUCUGGUAGGACUCUGUAUAUAGUGUACAUAGGAUCGCUUGCCUAAAAAAAAAGGGAUCCCGCUGGAAGGGAAGGAGCGAGCUCGAGGGAUCUCUCUUGUCACGCGGAGAAAAAUUAGCCGGAAAUUUAUCCCAAUUUAUCCAGUCCUGCACGAGGUACUCACACGCACACCUUUACCAGCACGCAUCAGCGAUAAUAAGGAGGAGAGAAAUCUUGAAAGAGAAAAAGAGUGUAUCGAACAGCGAAAAUCAUGAAGCAGGGAAUGUCGGAUGAUGGUUCACUUGGUGUCAAAUUGCUUACCGCCGGCACCGCGGCCUGCAUCGCCGAUUUAGCCACUUUUCCGUUGGACACCGCCAAAGUCAGAAUGCAGAUCGCAGGAGAAGGUCAAGUUAUUCAGAAGGCUCUGUUGUUGGCAUCGGCGGAAGGCUCGGUCUUUGCAGUAAGAACGAGCCAGCCGGGACUGUUCCAGACCAUCGUGAACAUCGUCAGAUGUGAAGGUGCAAGGAGCCUGUACGGAGGUCUAUCCGCGGGACUCCAGAGACAGAUGUGUUUCGCCAGCAUACGAUUGGGCCUCUACGACAGCGUGAAGUCACUCUACGCUGGAAUCUUCGACGGUAACAGUAAGAGCGGUACGUCGAUGAACAUCGGCGUACGCGUCUCCGCAGGAAUUACGACGGGCGCUUUGGCGGUGCUGAUCGCUCAGCCGACCGACGUCGUCAAGAUCCGCAUGCAGGCUGGAAAUAUCAGACGAUCAUCGGUGAGGUAUAGCUCCACUCUACAGGCAUACAAGAAUAUCGCUCGUGAGGAAGGCGCGAGAGGUCUUUGGAAAGGAACCAUGCCGAACGUCUCGCGGAACGUUAUCGUGAACGUGGCAGAGAUAGUCUGUUACGAUAUCAUCAAGGAUCUCAUCCUAGCUAGCGGUUAUCUUCGCGACGGGAUACCGUGUCACUUGACCGCCGCGACGGCCGCAGGACUCUGCACCACCCUAACAGCAAGUCCCGUAGACGUCAUAAAGACGCGUUACAUGAACAGCGCCGCCGGUGAGUACAAGGGCGCGAUAGACUGCGCCAUCAAGACCUUUGUCCAGGAAGGUCCGACCGCAUUCUACAAGGGCUUCGUGCCGAGUUUCGCGCGCUUGGUAUCCUGGAACAUCGUACUAUGGGUGACCUACGAACAGAUGAAGUUGCAGAUGAAAAAGCUACACGACGUCGAGUAAGAUCCUCGAUUACCGAUUCCGAUUAUUCUGCCGAACCGGUGCAAAGAGCGAUAAAAUCAAGUGUAAUCUCUUGUGUUACCUUAUCGAAAUUCACACUUCCGUAGAAGAUUAGCGUUCGCUUAGAUAAACCGUGCGAAUUAAACGUAGAUAAAUUGGAGGCUUGAUAUUCCGCCGCAAGAUAUGAUUUCAACCGUUGAUGAUAAAUGUCCUCGUAUUACUGCUUCUUUUCCGUUCGUUUUCCUAAAUGCAAGUGUGCAGCGAAUAUCGGUGUUUAUCGUCGAAUUAUUCAACGAUAGAUUAAUCAUUGACCAACAAAAAUUAUUUACACCGUUGGAAAUAGCAAUUAAUGUGAUAGGAAUAGGGCUACAAUCUCACUCUAGUUUUCAUUUAAAUGUGCACGUACGCACACUAGAAACAAUGACGAUUUCUUGAUAAUUUGUAUGAAACAAAUUUGGAUUGCAUCAGUUUUAUAUAUUUGUAAUAAGGCGUUAAGUUAUUUCUCGGUAAGGUGGAUUAUACGAUGAUUACAGAUCAUUAACGCGCCAAACAGACAAUAAUACUAUCGAAGUUCAUUCCGAUGUUUUUGCUUAAAUCUAGAUAGAGUCUCACAAAAGACUGUGAUCACAAAUUAACGUAUUCUAUUUUUAACGUUGCUUUAAUUAACUGAUUCGUGGCCUUAGCGCGUAAUUUUUAGCAUGUACAACAUAAUUUUGAUUCAGUCAAUUAACAUUUAUACAGGGCACAAUUUAUAUCAUAAUUUAAUCAACGAAUUUUUUUUAAGCUACAUUAUCAUUACGAAUAAUUUAGUCUGCGAGAAGCAGCUUUGAAAAUCCUCUAUUACAAAAAAAAAUUAUUUAUUAUUUAUAAUGAAAUACCACUAUUGCCAACUUUUAUAGGAUGAUGAUGCGAUUUGAGGUAUAUCCGCACGAUACAUGUGUAUCGUGAAAUUUCGAUAACGACAACUAUUUGAUCUUAAAAUGAUGUAUACGUACAUAGUGUAUAAGUACUAUAUGACUGACUACGCUUAAUUGGACACAAGAUGUUUCUAUCAAGAAUUUAUUUAUUAAAAAUUUGUUUCGAAUAAUAAAGAAACGUUGCCGUUGUGAUGCAAGCAAUAUCACCAUGAAUUCUGCAAUAUGGAGAUAUAUAAAAUGUAAUGCUUUGUCUGCAUUCAGAAUUUGAACAUUGAUAUUAAUAUAUUAUACGAUUUUUUGCGAUAUUUCGUAUUUAUACGUAAUUAUUACAAAAUUGCACUGUUCUAAUAACAUAGAUUACCAUUUAUUCCGACAUUUAUUCAACACAUUUACGAAUUCCACACAUUAUUAUAAAUUCCUUCAUUGAUUAUCAUCCGGAUUAUGAUAUGGCAUGUGUCACUACAUGUAACUGUUCUGAAAAAAUUAUAUUAAAUAUUUAAACGCACAACGCAAUAAUAUCUAAAAUUAAUAAAACUUAUAAUUGGCGUUAUGUUGAUACGCAUGUAAAAAUCUUGUCGAAAAUUAAAGAUAACUCAAAUGGAACACAAAAAAAUCGCUUCAGGAAGUCUUCAGGCGAGGUUUGAUAAACUUACAGAGAAUCACAACUCAUUAACAUUUAUUUCCUAUAUUUAUAUAAUCAUAUGUUAUGUGUAGAAAGUAUAGAGCGAGGUACCGUAUUAGGGAAUGACACAGCUCCCUUAUUUUUGGUAUUAUCUGAACCUGUUUACUUUUAGAGGUGAUUCAAAUAUUCCAAAAAUGUAAAGCUUCCUAGAUGUCAUUGUUCUAUCACUGCUUAGAUGGUAAUAUUGUGAUAUAUUUUCAACUUUCGAGAAUUUUAUUUCCGAGCUAAAUAAUUAUACGCGGCCAUACUAACUUAAGUAGUGCUCUCACGUAUUAAAUCUAUAGCGAACAUAUAAUCUCUUUCACCAUGGAAUUUAAUUUCCGAAGUAUUGAUUUUCGAGAUAUGUACAAAUAGAUUUUAUUAUAUGAUAUGUAGAUAGUAUUUUCAUAGAGAAUAGCUUUAAAUGUUUGUUACCAGUUUUAAAUAAAUAUUGUUUGAAAUA